AUGGACAAUUCAAAAGAGAUAUUAAAUGAAAAUCAUACAAAAAAAGAAAAUUAUCCUUCUGAAUAUAAUAUAGAAAAAAAUAAAUUAAAUAAUUUUAAAUAUUGUCUUAAUAGUGUUAAAAGUAUGGAUUACAUGAAUUAUCUUUCAGCUUUACUUUUUCCAAAUUACGCAAAAUCACAUGCGUUUUCUGUAUUAGCUUUAAAUGUUGAAUUAGGUACAUUAAGACAUUCUAUUGAAAUUAAUGGUGGAACAGCUGGAAUUUAUAGAUUACAAUUUUGGAAAGAUACUAUUGAUACAAUAUAUCGUAUUAAAAAAGGUCCUAUUCCAAGGCAACCUACAGCAGAAGCAUUAAAACAAUUUUUAUUAUAUCGACAAACUAAUAUUAAUUAUUUGUAUCAAUUGAUUUUCUCUAGACAAAGUACUUUAGGAGAUAAAGGUUUUAAAACAAUUAAAGAAUUAGAGUAUUAUGGAGAAAGUACUAUUGGAAGUGUAAUAAAACUUUUAUGUGAAGAUAGUUUAGGAAAAGCAACUGGUAUUAUUAAUCAUAUACGUAGUAUAAUACCAAUGUUAAAAAAAAAUAUUGUACUUUUACCUCAGGACUUGAUGAUUUUACAUAAUUUUACAUCUGAUCAAUUAUAUACAGGAAAAAAUUCUAGUGGAUCUGUUAAUGUUAUAAAAGAUUUAGUUGAUUUAUCUGAAUUUCAUUUAUCAGAAGCAAGAAAAAUUAAAAAAGAUAUAGAAAAAAAAUAUAGAAUUGCAUUUGUUGGAAGUUCUUUGUCUUGUGAUUAUCACAUUAAAGGUUUGAAAAAGAAUAAAUAUAGAUUUGAUUAUCCUGCUCUUCAGUCAAAUGAACCUUUAGCAGCUUUUAAAGUAGGAAAAUUAAAAUUAUUUAAUAGCUAUUAG